UUCUCUAUAUAAAUCUACACUUGUGCUUCUACAACGAUCUUAUUUAUAUCAAUCUCGCAAAACCGAUGUUGAGUGGUUGAACUCACAGCCAAGAGAAAGAGACGCAAGCCUCGCCACCACAAUGGUACUGGACAUUGAAUCCACGGCGUCGGCCAUCGGCGUCUCGGUCCCCGUCUUCCGCUUCCUCCUGUGCUUCCUGGCCACGAUUCCCGUCAGCUUCCUCUGGCGCCACGUCCCCGGCGGCCCCCCGGCCAAGCACCUCUACUCCGCCGCCACCGGCGCCGCCCUGUCCUACCUCUCCUUCGGCUUCUCCUCCAAUCUCCACUUCCUCGUCCCCAUGCUCCUGGGCUACGCCUCCAUGGUCCUCUGCCGCCCUCGGUGCGGCAUCAUCACGUUCUUCGUCGGAUUCGCUUACCUCAUUGGCUGCCAUGUAUACUACAUGAGUGGAGAUGCUUGGAAGGAAGGCGGUAUUGAUGCUACUGGUGCCUUAAUGGUGUUAGUACUGAAAGUCAUUUCAUGUGCUAUGAAUUACAAUGACGGGUUACUGAAAGAAGAAGACUUGCGUGAGGCACAGAAGAAAAAUCGGUUGCUUAAGUUGCCCUCUUUAGUUGAGUACAUUGGUUACUGCCUCUGCUGUGGAAGUCACUUUGCUGGACCAGUUUAUGAAAUGAAGGAUUAUCUCGACUGUACAGAAAAGAAGGGGAUAUGGGCACAUUCUGGGAAAGGACCGUCACCAUCACCUUAUGGGGCAACAAUCAGAGCUCUUAUCCAAGCUGCUUUUUGUAUGGGGUUGUACUUGUACUUGGUACCUCAGUUUCCUCUGUCCCGGUUUACGGAACCUCUAUACCAAGAAUACGGUUUCUGGACGCGGUUGGGUUACCAAUACAUGGCUGGCUUUACAGCACGGUGGAAGUAUUACUUCAUUUGGUCAAUCUCAGAAGCUUCUAUCAUCAUUUCUGGCCUGGGGUUCAGUGGUUGGACAGAUUCUUCUCCACCAAAACCACGAUGGGACCGUGCAAAGAAUGUAGAUAUUUUGUGUGUUGAGUUCGCAAAGACUGCAGCUCAGAUACCACUUGCGUGGAACAUUCAAGUCAGCACCUGGCUACGUUAUUAUGUUUAUGACAGGCUCAUUCAGAAGGGGAAGAAACCUGGUUUCUUUCAGUUGUUGGCUACCCAGACUGUCAGUGCUGUUUGGCAUGGUUUAUAUCCCGGGUACCUCAUAUUCUUUGUGCAGUCGGCACUGAUGAUUGCUGGUUCAAGAGUUAUUUAUAGAUGGCAGCAAGCUGUUCCUCCUAAAAUGGAUCGGGUGAAGAAAGUAUUCGUUUUUUUGAACUUUGCUUACACAGUUCUGGUGUUGAACUACUCCUGCGUUGGUUUCAUGGUACUAAGCUUGCAUGAAACACUUGUUGCAUAUGGGAGUGUGAAUUUCAUUGGAACCAUUGUUCCCAUAGUUGUUAUCCUCCUUGGUUACGUAAUUAAACCAGCAAGGCCGUCCAGAUCUAAAGCUAGGAAAGAACAGUGAGUAGAAACCACCGUUUUAGCUUCUCAUUGGAAUGGCCAGAAUGAAAUUAGCAAAAAGAGAGGGCUUUGCUAUCUUUUUUUGAACGGCGAGGGCUUUGCUAUCUGCUGUAUCUACUUGUUCUUUUCGUAACUUGUAACAUUCGUCCUGAUCUCCAGAAUUUUUAUGAACCUGUUUGCGUUUAAUCUGAUGCUAAAGCUUUCAUUUGAA